AUGACUUCGUCGGACGACGACCCUGACUUGUCCGAAGCUUCGGGACUCCUUUGUAUUCAUUGUAACGAGGACGAGGUGAAGUGGACGUGUGAUGACUGUUCCCGCGAAUUCUGUGACAAGUGUAAACGCAUUCACCUGAUUGCGGACGAGGAAACCCAGAAUCACCACUUGUUUCGUUACGGAAGUAGCCGUUCUUCCGGUCCCAGGCUGCCGGAUGUCAUACACCAUUCUGCGCGGUCUGUCAUCGAAACACGGCGACCAAGGAUAAGAUUUCAACCUGUUGUCAAAUCUCAUGUCUCAGAUUUCAAGCCCAGGUCGAAUUUUGUAGAAAACAGCACCGUACAACAUAUAAGGGUUGUCCCAAGGGGAAACGGCGAGGCGUGGUUAAAAUGUGGAGCUAUUUCCGAGGAACUAGUGUUACACGACAAGGAUGGCAGCUUUGUGGACAAAGUGCAUGUCGGGGGCGUGAUCCAGGACUUUGUGGUCACAGGAAAAAGGGAGAUAAUAUUUACUAAAAUACGCAGCAAUACUGUAUGGUUGUAUAACAAGAGGGCCGUCAUACGACCUUUAUAUCAGGUGGAUUUUUUCCCGAACUGUUUGUGUCUCACUCCGGACGACGACCUACUUAUCUGCGCGGCCUCGACCCAGCAAUGUCAAGGUCGUCCCGUUAUAAAGCUAUCCAAAUCCUCCGAAAAAAGCGUUAUCCCGGUUGACCAAAGCGUGAAAUUAGGUGACAUUUAUGACUUGGCGCAGUCAGCCAAUGGAACAUUAUGCUUAGUGGAGAAAGGCGGCUGGGGGCCGGGGAGAGUUAUCGGACUUGACAAAGAUGGCCAGCAAAUAUUUGAGUACAGAGGUCCUUCCGGUUCCCUGAAUCCUUCCGGAAUAUCAUGUGACCCUUUUGGAUUUAUUUACAUAAGUGACUGUGGUUGUCAUAACGUACACGUGAUAAGUCAGACCGGACAGUUCCGGUCCUUCUUACUUCCGGUGGAUUCAAUAAAACUUCCGGAGGCCAUUGAUGUGGGCGAUGAUGGUGUUCUAUGGGUUGGAAAUGGAAAUGGGGAACUCAAGGUUUACGAAUUACAACCUGACUCCAGUCAAUAG